ACAGAUGGUGAUGUGAUGCAAAUAAAAGAAAUAGGCUCUAGAUAUGUUUGCAUUAUUCACAGGAUGGCUGGCAGUCAGGAGAGCAAUGCAUCCCUCUUCAGUGAUCAGACCCCUGCCCAGGAAAGUUCUCAAGCAAAAAGAUCCCAGAAUUAUGAAGAGGAGACAUUUUAUAAGAACUGCAGAGCAGCCUAUUUAGCUGUCUUCAAAAGCAGCUUAGAAAACAUUAAAUCAAAAGAACAACUGUGUUUGGUACUUCAGCAAGCUGGAAGAAAUCCAUCAGAGAAGACAGUUAAUAAAUACUGGACGCUGCAAACCACCACACUGAAUUUUGAUGAUUUUUGCUUCAUCUUAAAACAAGAAGAACCUGUUAGGAAAACAGAGUUGCUCAAAGCAUUUGCAAAAAUAGAUAUAAAUAAUGAGGGCUGUAUUUUACAUAGUGAGCUGUAUAAACUUCUUACAACUAGAGGUGAAAAAAUGACCCAUGAUGAAGUUAAUGCAAUCACCGAAUUGGUGGAAGUGAACAGUGAUGGAAAGUUUGAUUAUUACAAGUUUUGUAAAUUGUAUAUGACAACCAAUGAGCAAUGUCUGAAGAACGCACUAGAGAAACUGGAGGCUGACAGUAAACUGAAGCGUCAGCAGUUUGGAAGUCAACUUGAGACUUCAUCAGAACUGGCUACAUCACUAAUAUCAAAAACAAUACCAAAAGCUGCAAGGAAAACAGAAUCCAAACCAAUGCUAAAAAGAGGUCACUGCAAGACUUCUUCACAGUGUUCCUCAGCUCCAAGUUGCAAAGCAUCUGUUUCUUCCACUAUCAGUAUGGGUGCCAGCAGCAACAAACAUUCGAAGCUCAUUGAGGCAAAUGCUGCAAAGGAAUGGCAACAGGCACAGUCCAAAGGAUGCUUCUUCUUAGAGGAAAAUGGAGAGAUAAUUAGUCAUAAAUAUAAGUUGUUUUUAUCUCAGAGAUCUACAGUAUGCAUUACCAUUAAUCCUGUGAACCUUCGCCAAAUGGAAGGAAAACCCUCUCCUUGGUUAGUGGUGGACACAGCUUUGUACAUACUCAAAGAAAAUGAAACUGAAGAAAACACACAGCUUGUCGGCUUCACUGAGCUACGAAAUAAAGAGGUUUUUGGUUGGAGAGGCGAACUUGAAGGUGGUGUCUAUUGGGUAAUUCCUUUCACCACAGGCUGUAGAUUCAGAAAAUCAAAAAAGCAAAUUAGAAGAGAAGCCAAACUUGUACAUGGAGAUGGAGAAUUCACAGCUACCAAAGAGUUCCGAGCAGCCUUAUCAGAAAUAUUUGAAAUGAUUGAUUUGGAUGGGAAUGGCUUUCUCAGCCUGGAAGAGAACAACUUCUUUGAAAUGAGAACUAGUGGAGAAAAGUGUGAUGAAGAAGCUUGGGCCGUAUGCAAAGAGAAUUUUGAUAUGAAGAGCAAUGAACUCACAAGACAGGGAUUUAUGGAUCUGAAUCUCAUGGAAGCCAGUCAACAAGGCAGGGAUCUUAGCAGUCUCUGGAUGACUUUGCGGUCAAUGGGCUACAACAAAGCAUUGGAAUUGACUGAGGCAUGCCCCUUUUCCAUUCGCGUCUAUGCAGAAAAAUGCAAACCCAGGAUUCAACCUGUUUGUCUGGAAGCAGGUGGUGAGCAACUUAAGACAGCCAUUUGUAUGAGUGUGGCUAAUAAAGGAGACGCUAAGCCGAUGGAUGCCAGUGAAAAUAUAGUUAUUUACACUUAUAAAAGUGAUACACGGAUCACAUCUGUUAUUGGAAACAAGUCUGAAAGCAAAACAGUAAUUCACCUCAACAAUGAGCAAAGUAGAAACUGUGUCAGUAAUAGAGGACUCAACACUUUUGCCAUUGAAGUAGCAUCCAACUCCAUGAUGGUCUGUCAGCAUGUGAUGCCACAGAAUGAGCAAGAAGAAUGGAUAUACAGCUGUGUUUAUUCUAUCUUGCCUUAAGCUAUCAUAGGUAGGAAAUGGCAUUCUCUUGGUCCUUGUAGAAAAGAUUCAGUCUUGCACUACACGUUGAUACAUGGAUGGCUUGAUUUAUCUCAUCAUUUUUAAAACCAAGAAUCUGUUCCUCAUUUUGGAUUAUUGUGGUUAUCUUUUCAAGAAUCUAUCACAAAUCUUCAGCCUUUGCCUUUCUGUACAGUUUCAUACAUAAGCAGGGGACUUAACAGAGGUGGCCUGAUCCAAAAAACACGUUCUAAUAUUCCUAGACAUUUCUGUGCAUAAAGACAAACAUCAGAGUGCAAUAUGAAGAUGAUGCCUCACAUCAAAGUUUCUUCGCUCCACUUUCAAAACUGCAGCUUUCUGUGAUUUCAAAGCUGGCUGUGGUCUUUUAUCUGGGAUUUGGGUCUGAAAUGGUCAAUCAUGCAUUCAUAAUCUUAAACCUGUACUAUUGCUGCAUGUUUGUGUACAACUGGUCAUGAAGACUCUGCAGAAACUGCACCUGUUCUAUUACGAGCAGGUCCACCUUAUUCUCAGCCUUGUGAAUAAUACAAUCAGUGCAUUGUCUGUAGCAUCCAUUGUCUGUGUUAUCCUUCCUGCAGGUAAUGGACUUGGCCUACAGAGCCCUUGAUAGCUAAAAUCCAUGAUAUUUUAAAUAUUAACCCCUCAUAUCACAAUGUCUAAGAUAUACCAAGAGGGUCCAGUUGAUUAUGGCAAGCGUGUGAGGAGUACAUAGAAUGAAUUUACAGAGCAAUAUUUGCAAUGGCUCAUCCACAAAAAUUAACUUAAAUUUUUGAAGAGUAGCCAAAACCUGAGUUUGCCAUCUUUUGGAAGCAAUGUGAAAACAUUUUAUUUGUUCUGGCUUAGGAUGGUGAGAAUUAAUACAACAAUAAGCAAUAUUUAGCAUGACUAUUUUUAUGACAGCCUUAAUAUGUGGAAUAUAUAUAUAUAUAUGAAGUUGCUUUUUCCAAGCUCUAUUCCUUGCUGUAAAUUGGAUUGGGUGGUGGAGGGUUAAGACCAAGUAAAGAAACUGAGUUUAACCCAUUUGGAGUAUGAGAAUUGUAAACUGGCAUAAGCUUGCUCACCUGAGCUGUAAUAAACCAGGCUGUGUGCACUUUUA